CCACCACCACCACCACCACUCCCCUACUCCUCUCAUAUCUCCUCCUCCUUCUCCCAUCCCCAUCUCUGAUCUUCAAUAACAAACACCACUCCCCCCAUAACGCUCCAAAUCACCCACCACCCCCAAAAACAGAAAAACAGAAAAACAGAAAAACAAUGGCCACCUCGAGCCUCUUCUCCGCCUCGCCCUCCUCCAUCUCCUUCCACGGCCUCCGCCGCGUCCCCACCUCCGCCGCCCCCAGAUCCCACUCCCUCUCCCUGGCCAAGCCGGGCCGCCCGAAGGGCGCCGGUUCGGUCCGCGCGGAGCUGAACCCGGCGCUGGUGAUCAGCCUGAGCACGGGGCUCUCCCUCUUCCUGGGCCGCUUCGUCUUCUUCAACUUCCAGCGCGAGAACGUCGCGAAGCAGGUCCCGCAGCAGAACGGCCAGACCCACUUCGAGGCAGGGGACGUCCGCGCCAAGGAGUUCUCGAGCCUCCUCAAAUCCAACGACCCCGUCGGCUUCAACAUCGUCGACGUCUUAGCCUGGGGCUCCAUCGGCCACAUCGUCGCCUACUACAUCCUCGCCACCUCCAGCAACGGAUACGAUCCCAAGUUCUUCGAAUGAACGAACGUCUCAUUUAAUUAAAUUAAUCAAUGCAAUGGGGGUGGGUGGGUUGGUUUGGGUGUAUAGGAAGAAGGAAGGUUUUAAUUAAGAUCCCGUAAGAUGAGGAAUGUUUGUACCUGGGAUCGAUGGUGGUGGUUUCUUUUUUUAUCAAUGCAAAAAAAACAAAAAAAAAAAAAAAUCCAAAUGGCUUUUCUCAAGUCAUGAACUUAAUUA